CAGGGAUGGGGAGGAACAAACUGGGAGCAGGGAAAGAGCAGAGGAACUCAGUGUGGGAAUGAAUAUGUGUAUAUUUUUAAAGCAAGUAGCAGGACAGAGAGAAUAAUGUGGACUCUGGGUUUUCUUCCAGCAUGGAUCUUAGCUGUUGUCUGGACUCUGUCACAGUAAACAAAUGGAUCUACAUGUGUCAGAUUCUGACCAUCUUGCCAACAUGGACCGAAUGAACAGGAAUAAAGUGGAACACGAGCGUCAAACACACCAGGUCUUACAGAACACUCCAUUAGACCUGAUUGAAACAGGCAAGUCCCUGAAAGUCCAGGCUGAGCGCCCCCACCUGGUGAGUUUGGGAAGCGGGCGCCUGAGCACAGCCAUCACUCUGCUGCCACUGUUGGAAGGGAGAACGACUCUGGGYAGCGAUGGGACAGAUAUCCCCCUGCAGGGUCCGGGUAUCACCCCUCAGCACUGCUACAUCGAGAACCAGGCCGGCAGCAUCACCUUGCACCCAUGUGGAAACAAGUGCUCUGUGGACGGACUCCCCAUCACUAAACCCUACCGCCUCACACAAGGGUGCAUGCUGUGUUUCGGUCAGUCUGCCUUUUUCCGCUUCAACCAUCCAGAGGAGGCUCAGAGGAUGAAGAACAUGCUGCCUGGYGGGAGUCUCAGACCAAACACCACAAAACUGCUUCCCUCAGACCCCCACAGUGUCUCAAAUGGCAACCAUGAGUCCUUUCCCUGCAACAGCGACGCCAAACUCAACAGCGUGGUAAAAAGUCUGCAGGAGACCCUGACGCUGAAGGGGUCCUCGUCAUCCUCGUCAGAGUUCUGUAAGCAGCAAACGUCCUCUCCAGACUUGUCGAAUGGGAAAAACAUCUCUACAAGUCCCAUUCAGGAAAACAYCAGUCAGAACAAUAAAACCCCCACGACACCAGCCCGGACCCCUCGCACCAGCCAGGUUCCCGUUCCAUAUCCACGGACGUCACUGUCUGUGGGUUUGAGUGGGACCGGUGGGGYUCAGAGGGCCCAGGAAAGUCCAAAGCCUCUGAGGAAUGUUAGGGGAGAGGCCACGUCGAGUCCCAAACCACAUGUCAGGAGCACAGAAAACUCCAGCCUCAGCCACAAAACGUCCUCCRUCAAGUUUUCCCCAGCAGCUCCAUCCAGCCCUCGAUUAAGAGGUCCGUCCYUACAGAGGAGAUCCCCCAGCCCCAUGCGGGACCAGGGUCACAUCAGUGUCCCUCACAGGAUGACUGGGUCUACCAGCUUGAGGGAACUUCCUCCUCUCAGCCUUGACRUGUCCUGCAGGGGCACUUCAGGAUCACCCGGGGUCCUCGAGAGCCCCCAAGGUCAUCGGAAACUUGCACCUCCUUCUAAAGCAGAGGCCAUGAAAGCAGUGUUUGCACACAGUCCAUCAUCUGUCCACGGCCUGGAGAAGGAGUCAGGGAGCAGGCUGCCACAGCUCGGCCCGACGAGUGCCAUCGUGUCAGGCUCGGGUUCAGUAUCUGGUCUGUCUCCUCUUCCCAGCCCUCACAGCCAACGGAAGACCUCCUCCAUGAAAGKAUCCCAUAGCAAGGAAGGGAGUCUCAUGAAACCACACACCCGGGAACGCAAAAACAGCAUCUCUGAGAUCAGCGAUAACGAGGACGAGUUGCUGGAAUAUCACCGCUGGCAGAGGGAGGAGAGGCUGCGGGAGCAGGAAAUGGAGAAACUGGAGAGACAGAGACUGGAGACCAUCCUGAGUCUGUGUGCUGAGUAUAAUCAAGAUGACGGCGCAGCGGAGCUGAUGAGAGGUGGGCUGCUGGAGGGCGCUGGAGGAGUGGGCUCAGAGGCGAGCGUGGGGGCAUUCCUGCAGGGAGCCGACAGAGGUCAGAGGGUGAGGGAGAUCGAUGAGGAGAUGCAGAGAGAGGAGUCCAGCAGCACAGAGAGCACACAUCAAGAGUGUGAAGAGCUGUUUGCUGGACAGGAGCAGGUCUACCUGGAAGAAGAGAGGAAACGGAUCCUGGUCAGAGUAGAUGACUUGAAACACAGAGUCGGUGAUCUGGAGCAGCAGCUACAAGAGACCAAACAGGAGGUGGAGAUGGAGCAGGCCCUGCUGCAGGCGGAGAGGCGCGCCGAGCAGGAACAGGUGGAGGCUGAGAAUGAAAUCAUCUCUCAGCUGCAGCUCAGACUCAGCCAGCUGGACACGACCACCCAGAAAGAGAAGGACAAGGGGAGAGCUAAUGUGUCAGCUGAGCGGAAGGUCCUGGAAAAGCAGAGGAAUGAGUACAAUGAGCUGAAGAAGCAGUUUGAUAAGUGCCCCUUGUCUCUAAGGGAACAGUUACAGGAGCAGCUCAGCAGGACAGCUGAGGCUCUGGAAUCAGGGACCAAACAGUUUGAGGAGCUGGAGUUCUGCCAGCUGGAGGAGGAGAGCAGCCUGGAGGAGAAGAAGGAGGCUCGGUGCUCGCAGCUCCUCCAAGAACGGGCCGAGUACCACUGCAGCGUGGCCAGGAGGAAGGAGAAGAUGGCUGCUCUUGAAGCUCAGGYGAAGCAGCUGGGGAUGCAGGCGUCUCAAGACUGGGAGAAAAUGGAAAAAGACAAGAUGGCAGCUCUGCAGCUGUUACAYAAGGAGCAGGACCGGCUGUGUGCCCUGGAGAAGAGGUACAGCGCUUUGACAGGAGGGAGGAACUUCCCCAAACCCACCUGCAGCAUGAAGGAGGAGUGGCUUCACAUCAGCGAACCUGACCUUGUUUAUGUGGACGGUCCUCCUCAUAGCCCCUGUCCCUCCUCUGCCUCCUUCUCCUCCUCCUCCUCUCACAUCCCCUCCCCUGAACUCUGUCCUGUCAGGCUGCAAGAGGAGUACCUCCGGCUGUCCGACGUCUAUAGGCUGUAUGGAGGUGCUUCUCUUCUUCCUCAYGCCUCCUCCCCUGCCGCUCUCCACUGCCUUUCCCUCACUGUAUCGCCGGCUCUGCCAUGUGAGGAGUAUGUCACGGUCAGUCAGUUAAGCCAGAUCUUUGGGAUGCAGAGAGCUAACCCCUCCUCUUCCUCCUCCACUCCAUCAUUCCAUCUUGCCUCGUCUGAAUCCAGCUUCCCGCGCCACUCGGCAGCAUGUGGYCCUUCCUCUUUCCUUUCUGCACAGAGCCAGCCUGAGCUCAGCAGGAAUGUAAUGCCUCCCAUUAAUCUUGAACGCUGGUACCAGGACAUCAUGGCUGCUGGAGAUCCUCAGUCAUGUCCUCCACCGCUGCCUGCAAAGUCUUUUUCCACACGCAGACACGGGCAGAUGUUGAAGUCCAAAUCAGACUUCGAGGUUGGRCAGGGAACAUCAAGCACUCAGGUGUUCAGCGCCGCCAUCCUGUCGCACUCCGGCAGCGUGACGCACGAGAGAAACGCGCUCGCCACGCUUAUGCUGAAAGAGAAAAACCCAUUAGACAUGGACUCCAGGAAACAAGUGGCUCUGCAGUGCAAAGAUCCGUCUCCAGCAGUUCAUCACUCAAUCCUGCAUCAUCAGUCGCCACCGGGUGGUACCCAGGCGUACGACACCCUGAGCCUGGAGAGCUCAGACAGCUUGGAGACCAGCGUCUCCACCGGCAUCUCCGUCUGCACCCCAGAAAGCGCCUGYGGGUUGGAGGCCCAGAGGAUAGAGGAGAUGGAGAAGAUGCUGAAGGAGGCGCAGCAGGAGAAAGCCAGGCUGAUGGAGAACAGAGAGAGGGAGGUGCAGACUCGGCGGCAGAUGUUGGAGGAGGAGCGGCGGAGGCGAGAGGAGGCCGAGAGGAGGCUCCAGGACGAGGCGGCCCACAGGCGGAGGCUGGUGGAGGAGGAGGUGAAGAUGAGAGAGAAGCACUUCUCUCAGGCCCGUCCAAUGACGCGCUACCUGCCGAACCGUAAGGAGGAGUUUGACCUGCGCGCUCACGUGGAGUCGUGUGGCCACAGCAUCGACACCUGCCCCUUYGUCAUCCUCACUGAGAAAAUGUGCAAAGGCCACCUGGUGAAGAUGGGCGGGAAGAUCAAAUCGUGGAAGAAACGCUGGUUCGUUUUUGACCGUCUCAAGAGGAACUUCUGUUAUUACGUUGACAAGCAUGAGACCAGGCUGAAAGGACUCAUUUACUUCCAGGCGAUUGAAGAGGUUUAUUAUGAUCAUCUACGCAGUGCUGCCAAG